UAAAUAAUGGUGGUGUAGAAGUCCAAGAUGUCGUCUGAAGUUCUGUUUAAAGUGUUGAUUAUUGGAGAUGCUCUGGUUGGUAAAACCUCCUUUGUACAAAAAUACGUACAUGGUAACCCUAGAAGAGAAUACAAGCCAACUAUUGGAGUGGAUUUUGCUUUGAAAGUUAUACGAUGGUCAGAUGAUAUGACAGUUCGGCUGCAGCUGUGGGACAUUGCAGGUAUGAAUUUGGUGUAUCAAAAUAUGUCUGUUCUAGGAAACUAGCUACAACAAAGUAACUGAAAAAACAAAAAAUAGCGAUGAAUUUGAGCCAGUGAAUCAACCAUUAUUUAAUAGUCAAUCAAGUUAA